AUGCUUGGUGCUGUUGCGAGGUCGAGAAAAGAAUCCGUUGCUGGACUUCCCUUCGGCCCUGGCGCCUAUCGUUUCGUCGGGCAUUUCGCCUUCCUAAGAGCAGAAGGAAAGCUGCAAAGGCAGAAUCCCCUCGGCCUCGCGACCGCAGUUUUGAAGGCCGAGGCCGAAGGCCGCAAAAGUCACGGUCUGAAAAAGCCAUGGUUGGAACGCCACGUGGCCUCAGGGCCCCACGCUCCAUUUAAUGAAGUAAUGCCUCUGACUUCGCAGCAAAACCCAAUAGUCACAAGAAGCAUUCAAUGCACGAGGGAAGUGACUGAAGUCAGGAUUUGGUGA